UGGCUUCCUAAUUGCUCUCAACUCAAUCCCAACUCUGCAAUGUCGAUUCCAGACUUUGACCAUCUCCCGGCUGUGGAGGGAAUGCCACAAGGCUGUGCAUGGGGCGUCUUCGACAAGGACGGAAAGAAAGACCUCCUGGGCACGCUCAAUCUUCUCACCCCGGCUGUGGUCGCUGCUGCGGCUGCCGAGGUCAAGGACGGGGUGUCUAUAUCAUUGAACUGGCCGCUCAAUGGCAUCAAGAUACCCAUCCCAGGGCGUAAAGCGCCUGUCCAUAAAUUCAUAUCCUUCUUGACUCCCAACGAGCUGACUCCCUCGACAUGUCAUGGCUGGGACGACGAGCUGGAGUUCAACACCCAGUUCAGCAGCCAGUGGGACAGCCUGUGCCACAUGCAGCAUCAGCCGUCAGGCCUGGCUUACAACGGGACCAAGGUCACUCUUGACGGCUUGUCCUCGCCCCAGACAAGCGCUGAGAACUCGCUGCCGACUCUCGACCACUGGCACGCCCACGGCGGACUCGUGGGCAGAGGCGUCCUGAUCGACUUCAAGGGCUACAUGGACGCUCAAAACAAGCCUUACCACUGCCUCGAUGGGUACCGCAUCACAGUCGAGGACAUCGAGAACGUGGCCAGGCACCAGAAGGUUGAGUUCCGACAUGGGGACAUCUUGAUCAUCCGGACCGGCGUUACGGAGAUCUUUGAGAAUCUUACACCUGAAGACCUUGCCAAGCUGCAGCAGUUCAGGCUGUCUGGGCUGCACGGUUCCGAGGACACGGCGAGGUGGGUCUGGAACAGGCAUUUUUCUGCGGUGGCGGGAGAUAGCUCGUCGUUUGAAGCUUUUCCUCCGCUCAAGGCAGAUGGCACAGAAGGUUCUGUCGGUGAUCUCGCAGUAUUGCAUCAAUAUUUUCUCGCAAUGUUUGGUCUGCCUAUCGGAGAGCUCUGGGAUCUCAAAGCCCUUUCUGCGUAUUGCAGGAAGACUGGAAGAUACAGUUUCAUGUUGACCUCGGCGCCGUUAAACCACCCAGGUCUCGUGGCCUCUCCGCCGAAUGCGCUAGCUAUCUUCUGA